AUGCCUGAUAUUAUUAUUGUUGGAGCUGGCCCGACGGGCCUUUGGCUCGCAUUGGAGCUUCGCAGCGCUGGGCUUGAAGUCACCGUAAUCGAAAAGAAUAUUAAUCGAGAUAUUCGUUCGCGAGCUGCUGCAAUGGCAGCCGGUAGUCUUGAAACGUUCGCGACUCGUGGUAUAGCUCAGCGAUUCAUUGAUGCUGGAACACCAAUACACUCAAUCCAUUACGGUUCAUCAGAGAGUCGGCUGCACAUGUCAAGAGAAUCCUUGGGUACCAAGCACCCUCACUCUUUGAUGAUUCCGCAGGCAGUGACGGAACAGCUCUUAGUAGAGCUUUGCCAGGAAAAGGGAGUCGAAUUCUUCUUCGGUCACCUCGCGAGUGGUCUUGUCCAAGAUAGUAACACAGUCGCCGUCGAAACCGAGACCGGAGACGGCACAAAAUCUACAUUCACCGCUUCGUGGCUCGUUGGGUGCGAUGGAACAAAGAGUGCGAUCAGGAAAUUAGCAAACUUCGAGUUCCCUGGCACUGAUGGCAAUAUAUCCGGUUGGCUUGCAGAUGUACUGGCUACCGACCCUCCUUCUCAACCACUAUCCGUCAAUAACGAAUAUGGGUCGUUUCUAAUGCAGCCUCUCGGAUAUCAAAAGUACUAUCGGCUCACCGGAGUGAGUAUAGGCACCAUGAAUUUGCCGCCAAGUGCAAUUCCAACGCUGGAUAAUGUCAAAUCCUUCGCAACUGAGGCUCUUGGGACAGAUUUUGGGAUACACUCUCCUCUGUGGCUCUCUCGCUUUUCGAACACCACUCGUCUCGCGACAAAUUUCCGCAGUGGGCGUGUCUUUAUCGCCGGCGACGCUGCUCACCAAUUUUUCCCAGCUGGUGGUCAAGGAAUCACAACAGGAAUUCAAGAUGCUGCGAAUUUGGCGUGGAAGCUAGUUGCUGUUGCUCAAAGACGAUUGACAGGGGAGAACGCUGAUGAGCUUCUAAACACUUACAGCACGGAGCGAAAACUAGCAUUGCAGGCCAUAAUCAAGAGCACACUAGCCCAGACUGCUCUGUAUGCCUCGAGCAAUUCAGUACAGUCUGCUUUGGCAGAUGUUGUAUACGAGCUGAUAGCCCACCCUGACUUGAACAAGUUGUUGGUGAGGCGCAUCACGGGGUUUGGAGACCCAUUCCCCACGAAGGAGGGCGGUCAAGAUCCGUUAGUAGGCGCAAGGGUAACUCACCUCGAAGUGGGCGGUGGAUUUGAACUACUCCAUAGUGCCAUGGCUGUGGAUACCUUCAUUCUGCUUGUGCGAGAUCUCAACCUUGAGCCACUUCUUUCCGACUGCAUUAGUCCUUGGGCCGCUUACAUAAAGUGUCUUGGACCAAACGACGGUAUAGUUUCCUUUGGUCAGCAAUGGGAAGGCGUGGAUGCAGCUUUGGUCCGGCCUGAUGCGCGUGUUGUUUGGGUUUGCCGAGAUUCAUCUCCCAGAGAGCAUAUUCACUUGUCUAUUAGGAAAUUACUCGAAGAGUUAUGUAAGGAAAUUUGA